AUGUCUUCUACCCACUCUUCGCCGCCUUCCGAAGCUACCAGCAAAGCAGCUUCUCCGGCCAGCACCAGUGACCCCAACUGGAAGAAGAACAACAGCAGCAGCAGCAGCCGGCAGCCUCCGCAGGAUGUGUGGAUCCUGCUGUCUCACGCCAAGUCGCAAGCCUUCAAGGGCGGCCUUGCAGGAGCCUCUGCUCAGGUUAUCAAUGUCUUGUCUUUCAUGUGGCUGCGGACUACCAUGAACUAUCAGUACCGCCACGGCGGCUCUACGACUCACGUCGUCAAGACUCUCUGGAAAGAGGGGGGCGUUCCUCGCUUUUAUAGAGGCCUCUUGCCGGCACUGCUGCAAUCGCCGCUCAGUCGAUUUGGCGACACAGCCAGCAACGUGGGUGUCUUGACCCUCCUCGACGCGAACGAGCGAACGCGAGACUUGCCAGUGGGGUUGAAGACGGCACUUGCGUCUUGUGGAGCAGCCUGCUGGAGACUGUUUCUCAUGCCGAUUGACGCAUGGAAAACUACCAAACAAGUCGAAGGCGGCGACGGCCUUAAGCAACUUACGCAGAAAGUUCGCACGCACGGCAUUACAAAGCUGUACCACGGCUCCGUUGCGGCGAUGGGGGCGACGUGGGUCGGGCAUUACCCGUGGUUUUUCUCACACAACUAUCUGUCUGCAACGCUCCCCCAAUUUGACUUCCUGUACGGCAAUCAUGUUCGCUAUGCUCUCAUCGGAUUCUGCAGCAGCGUCAUUAGUGACACUUGCUCGAACUCCAUUCGCGUGCUGAAGACAACAAAACAAACUGCCGCAGCACCGCUAACGUACAUGGAGACGCUUCGCGAGGUUAUCGGGAAGGAUGGCGUCGUGGGACUGUUCUUCAGAGGACUGGGCACCCGUAUCCUCACGAAUGCUUUGCAAGGCAUGGUCUUCUCCGUCGGCUGGAAAGCGGUCCAGGGAGAACUCGAGAGGCGCUCUGCAGCCAAACCCCCCAAAUUCUGA